AUGAGUGACAAUUGGCGGCUGGACGUCAAGUUCCAAGGUCACUCCAUUGACCUAAUCGGACGCCUCCCAGCAGAGAAACGCGCGCUCUUGCGGGACUUUCCACGUCGCCUCGUAGUCAGCACCAAGGCCAAGCUGUCUGCGAUCCCGCACAAGGGCUUUUUCUGCAAGUUCUUCGCCAAGAAUUGUGAGGAGAUGAAGGUUUACAUGAAGAAACACGAGUGUGCGCUGUGCGUGCAAUUCGUGGCUUCUACGUUCAAUUUCACGCUCUAUUUGCUGGUACCAGCGGCAUUGAAGGGGUUAAAGUGUCUGCAUCGACUACGGAAGAGUGGAGCAAGUUCGGAUUCCAUUCAGUCGUUGUGCACGGAUCGAGACGGCGUAGUGAUUGGAUUUAUUGUGUCGGAAGUGAACGUGGAAAUGGAAGAAAAGCUGCAGGAGAAGCUAAAAGUGAUGGAAGAACUGGAGUCGUCGGCCAAGGCGAUUUCGCACACGUUUGGUGACCCGAUGCUGGAAUUUGACUUGCUGAUUGACCAGUUAGACACGAAGCCGUCGGCUGUUCAGGCCUGCUCGAAGUUUAUUGUUUGUCAUCAGCAUUUACACGAAGCUAUAUGUCGGAAGCUAGCUUGGGUGAUGAAUGCUAUGCACUCUCCAAAAGCUAGGGCCAGCAUUGUGUACGUUGUCCACGAUGUCAUUAAGAUGGUUCGCGCAAAUUGUCCACAAAAAGACCGUAAUGCAAAAAUGCGCGAGUCUGCACUGGUGCUAUCCCUCGAAAAGAUCCUGUUUCAGCUGACGCAAAGGAUGAAAGGCGAUGUAAAGCACAAUCUCAAUGUUCGAGCGGUGUUCGAGUUCUGGACAAAGUGGGGGAUGCAGUACUCGGCGCCAGUAGCAGAUAAAGCAGAUAUACGAAGACACGACUCCAUGCUCAAGAUUGAUGAGACAUUCGAUAUGCUGGAGCGAGAGGUUGGGCUCGUGUCCGAUGCUUCGACAUCACCCAUUAAACCAUCAGCGCCUCCCAAGGUUGUGGCAUUUAUGAGGAAGCACAACAUCCAACCGGGGCCAUGGGAGAUCUACCUAGAGCGUGCGUCACCUCAAGAAAUGGAGGAACUUGACGCUGUUCUCGACUUGAAUACCAAGUAUUUUGAUUAUAAUCACUGGGAUCCGGCUGAAAAGGGAGGCAGACGCGGUGGUGAGAUGUUUUUGCAUCAUUACACCAAGUCAAUAAUGCCGUGGCUGCUGCAUGAGUCGUCAUCCUCAAAUCUUGUGAAUUCCGGGAAGAGAAAAAACGCGAAGGACUCUCUGAUUUUGCUGCGUGGCGCGUUCCUGUGCACGUGGGACCUUGAUCCGACUGCAGCGCGUGCUGUUUCUGACAUCGAGCACUCAUUGCUAGACGACAUGUGGAAAAAAAUGGAGUAUGUGAAGUGUCAGAACCCUUCAGCAUUUGUAUUUGGGAAGGUAAGACGGGUGAAGACAAUUCAGUUUGCUAAUAGUCCUGCGACAGAUGCAAUUCUGAAGACCGCCGAAGAUGAGUCGAACGUACAAUCGAGUGCACUCGUUGCAGAGCUGAUCAAGGUCUUCAAGCUGGAUACGAUGGCGCGUGAAAUGGUUGCUAAAGUCAAGAUAAAGUCCGAUUUGUGCUACAUUGCAAAAGAACUGUGUCAUCGUUGCCGCCACCACAUGGUGGCAAACCCUUCAGUGCAUAUGGUGAAACUUUGCCAAAAGGUGCUUGCCACUAAGAAUCCGAUGAAGGCUUACUCAUUGGCUAUGAAAAGCAUGAUUUCUCGGCAAAUGAAGAUGUUUCCAACGCUUGACCAGGAGGCAAAGAAAAAGCGGAAGUUGGAGAGCAUUAGUGCGUCAUUUUCUCCCGUCACUGAAAGCGAAGCGUCUAGUCCACCUCAAUCCGACCUAACCGAUGCUGAGCUGGCCGCUGUAAAGCGACGAAUUCCAAAGCCUCCCAAGUUGCUAUUUCGAAAGGUUGACCUGAAAACGAUCACGUUUCAGGAGACGAAUGAUAAUGGCACAGUUGGUGUCGCAGUUUCGGGCAUUCCCAAUGCUGGGAAAGGACUGUUUAAUCUCUCAGCCCACACAUGGCCAGCGUUCUCGGUAGUCUGCAUUUUCGGUGUCCGGCGAAUUACGAAAGAAAUGCACCAUGAUGGCUUGAACAAGGUAGCACGGUGCGGCGAGCUGGGGGAGACCUUUGUUGUUGUCAAUGGCACCGUUCGCGACGUGGACAAGUUCCAGACACAGUACGGUCACCGCUUGAUGCCUUUUGACGGUUUGGUCGAUGCGGAUGGAUCCGUUGGCGGUUUCCCGAAUGAUCGUGUAUACGAAUACCCCGCGGACGUUUAUUGGGACGCGUCUGGAUUUUACAACAACUGCAUUCUUGUGCCCGGCUGUGUGAUCGAGAAUCCACAGAAUACGACAAGUCCGAUCGUGCUGAACCAGUUGUACAUCGUCACGUGGAAAGAGGUGUCUGUGCGCGAGGAGUUUUUCCUAGCGUACGGAACGUCGUAUUACGAAGACGACGAGAAAAUCAGCACCAUCAGUGAUAGAAGCAGCGUCUAG